AUGAAGUCUGAUAUUCUGGAGAAGGUUUGUGAUGAGAUAUACAAGUAUAAAUCUUAUCCAAGCAGUGCAGACUUCUGUGAAGUUUCAGAGGCACUUAUCAAGAAACACCCUUGCUUAGCAGAAAAAGGAUCCUUCAAUGGGUGCUAUGGGUGGACACAGAGAAUUAAAAUGAAGAUGGGAAACCUACGCACACAGUUGAAAGGUCUUGGAUGCCCUGAGUAUUUGGUAAAUUCUCUGAAAACCAAAGCCUCAGACCAUGCUUUUCCAGCAAAAAAUGUUAAACGACCUAAACGGGGUGAGGCCAAUCAUAUUCCAUCCCUACCUGCUGGAGAGACAUCAGCAAACCUUGAAAUUGAGCGCCUGGCACUUGUAAAGGACGUGAAGAAAAGAAACAAUGCAUUGACAAUCAGAGAAAAAAUGACAAAGACGUUUGCCUUUCGCAGACAAGAGACUGUGGAAAACCAACCUAGUGUUCAAGAACUGCAAGAAAGAUGGCCAGCUCUGUUUCAACAAGAGGAGAUUAAUGCCGAAUUUUUUCGCAUCACGACCUUACCUUUACAAUCGAGAUUUAUGGCCUCUUUGGACAGACAGAGCUCUCAGCUUCUCCAGGUUAUUAGGAGCAAAGGUGGUGUCCUCCGUGAAAAAACUAAGGAUACUAUUAAAGUUAUGGAUCAGAGUCUGGACAUAGACAUCAGAAGAGAGUGCCUGCUGAAGUGCCUGAUCAUGUACCUUGGUGAAGAUGCAAGCUGUCUGAUCAAAGAAUACCAGGUAAUGUAG